AUGUUCUGCAAGCGUGUCGCCCUUGGCCUCUUGGCCGCCGCUGCCGCGGUUUCCGCCUCCGAUGUCACCCAGCUGAAGAAGGAUGACUUCAACGACUUCAUCAAGUCCAACGACCUCGUCCUUGCCGAGUUCUUCGCUCCCUGGUGCGGCCACUGCAAGGCCCUCGCCCCCGAGUACGAGGAGGCUGCCACCUCCCUCAAGGAGAAGAACAUCAAGCUCGUCAAGGUCGACUGCACUGAGGAGGCCGACCUCUGCCAGGAGUACGGCGUUGAGGGUUACCCCACCCUCAAGGUCUUCCGUGGCCCUGAGAGCGUCUCUCCCUACUCCGGCCAGCGCAAGGCUGCUGCCAUCACCUCGUACAUGGUGAAGCAGUCCCUGCCUGCCGUCUCCAUCCUGUCCAAGGACACCCUUGAGGACUUCAAGACCGCCGACAAGGUCGUCCUCGUCGCCUACAUCGACGCCUCUGACAAGUCCUCCAACGAGACCUUCACUGCGGUCGCUGAGAAGCUCCGCGACACCUACCUCUUCGGUGGCGUCAACGAUGCCGCUGUUGCCGAGGCUGAGGGUGUCAAGACCCCCGCCAUUGUCCUCUACAAGUCUUUCGACGAGGGCAAGGCCACCUUCACUGAGAAGUUCGACGCCGAGGCGAUUGAGAGCUUCGCCCAGACCGCCGCUACCCCCUGGUAG